UUAGCAAUUUUGAAGCGCCACUUUGCCAAUUCUUGGUGAUUUCAUCAACAUAUUAAUACGUGGAAGUUAUGAUUUUGUCAAGCCGGUGAACGGUCUAUCAGAAUCGACACCGUAUAGACCAUUCAGAUUCUUCCAAAAGUCGUUACCAUACUGGUAGAACGCAAUUGGCCUCUCUCUCUCUCUCUCUCUCUCUCUCUGGCUUGGAACUUGGAACCCUAACAAUCACGGGCCAUGGGAGAAGCCACGGACAGGAAGUCUAAGCUAUUGCAAGACCUAGUCCUGUAUGCGGCAAGCGCCGCAUUUAGCUGCCUGGUAGUGUUGGCCGGACUUCGGCACCUCGACACCAAUCGCGAAGCCGCCAAAAGAGCCCUCGAACAUAGAAAGGAACUCUCCAAGCGGUUGAAUCGCCCUCUCAUUCACACCAAUCCUUACGAGGCUAAUUUCACAUCUCUCUCCAAUUUCUCUGUUUUUUCAUUGCCGGUCGAAUUUUGCUACUCCCUUGCAUCUCAUUUUGUUUGCUUGGAUAUGAUAGCAUGCGAUGUAGUGAACCCAGACCACAUAGACGUGGAAUUCGAGUCAAUUGGGGGAUUAGACGGCAUUAAGCAGGCGUUGUUCGAAUUGGUGAUUCUGCCAUUACGCAGACCACAGUUGUUUGCAAGGGGAAAGCUUCUUGGUCCCCAAAAAGGCGUGUUGUUGUAUGGUCCUCCGGGGACCGGUAAGACAAUGCUUGCCAAGGCCAUUGCGAAGGAGUCUGGAGCUGUGUUUAUUAACGUUAGGGUUUCCAAUUUGAUGAGCAAAUGGUUUGGCGAUGCCCAGAAAUUAGUGUCAGCUGUGUUUAGUUUAGCCUAUAAGCUACAGCCUGCAAUCAUCUUCAUUGAUGAGGUUGACAGUUUCCUGGGACAACGCCGUUCCACAGAUAACGAAGUGUUGACUAACAUGAAAACUGAAUUCAUGGCAUUGUGGGAUGGAUUUACAACUGAUCAGAAUGCUCGAGUUAUGGUACUUGCUGCAACCAAUCGGCCAACAGAUCUCGAUGAAGCAAUUCUUCGGCGUCUACCACAGGCAUUUGAGAUUGGAAAACCUGAUUCUGGUGAUAGAGAGAAGAUACUGAAGGUGAUUUUAAAGGGUGAGAGGAUAGAUGACAAUAUUGACUUCAACCGUGUGGCUAGCUUGUGUCAGGGGUACACUGGUUCUGAUCUGCUUGAGCUCUGCAAGCAAGCAGCCUAUAUUCCUCUGAGGGAUUUCUUACAAGAGGAGAAGAAUGGGAAACAACCCCUAUCACCAAGGCCUUUAUCACAGCUGGACCUGGAGAAAGCUUUGGCAGCAUCAACGAAGUCCAAGCUUGAAAUGAGUGGGAAUAGUAGGUUGAGUUCUUGGUCGUCACCCAGUGGGCAGGACGAUUACGAACUCUAGUUUCGAGAAAGAGCCUUCUCUUUUAUUGGCAUCUCAAAUUCCACCUUCAGUUGCAAUGGAUAUCUAGAAUUAUUUCCGAAGAAACAGGCCUAGGUGUACCAGCUGUUACUUUCAAGACUCAAUUGGAUGUCUCGCCAAUUCAAUACCUAGGAUGAUGAUGUAGUGGUUAACCAAAUCUUUGUUUCAAGGGGUGGCAUAGCUUUCGUCCCUAUUUACAUUCAAGUCAUCACUGCUAAUGGGGUCUAUUCCCGAUAAACCUUCUCAAUCAUUUAAUCCUUUUUUGGUGCUGUUGUAUACAUGUGAAUGUGUAUUGAAGGUGAUCGCUAGAAUGAACAACGUCAUGGUUGUAA